CAUGCACCAUCCUUCAGCUCAUUGAUAGUCUGGUCAUUCCCCUCACUUUUGACAACGAGAGUCCGCUUCGAUCCUUCUCGUUGCCCAUCAUGUCCCUCGCCCCAUCCUGAAUUUCUUGUUCCAAUCUCUUGUUUGUCGCUUGACCUGUAACAGCUCUCUCCAUUUAUAUACCCCAGUGCCCUUCAUAUCCUCACUUGCACGCUCUACAUCAACAAACGUGACAAGGCUGUGGCGGCCAGCCAUCACUUUUUGACUUGCAAUGUCGGCUUCACCUUCUAGCUCGCACGCCACCCAGACCGGGCGCCCGUCGCUAUGGAACGAGUCUUCUGAGCGAAGAUUGGCCAGGCUUUAUGUCUACACAACAUUGCCUCUCGAGAAAAUCGUUAAGGUCGUCCACAGGUCGACUCCCGGCAACAAGGACUGCCCAGGAAAGGAUUCUGCCAACAAGAAGCUCAACUCAAUCCUAGACAAAGAGCCGCGAUGGCUUCAUCCGCGAACCCGAACCGACAUGGACCGCCGUAUAAGCGCCCUCGACAGCUCUCCCACGCGCCAGACGACACCUGAGAACGCCUAUUCGCCGGGCUACCCCAGGUCCAUCUCGUCCGACUCCCGAUCGCAUUUGAGCGUAAACCCGGACUUCAAGCACGAGAGCGGGAACAGCCCUACUGUCAAUGACUUCCAACCUUUUGAACACUCUCGAUCAUCGUCCGCCGGCUGGGGUCCACCGACCGCCGGCCCGCUUCCGACCUUGUUGACGACCGACUUCGCGACUGUGCCGCCGCCCGAGAUGGGAAUCCGUCGUCAGACCACUACACUGACCCUGCAGGAGGUGCUGUCGCAGUACUCGACCGGGUUCAUCCGUCAAGUCGACAAGUUGCUGAAGCGGUACACGAUGCCGAGCAACACCAUGAAAAACCAGUCCCCCAUGGACGAGGACCGCCCCGGCACCGCCGACUCUAACCCGGCGUCGUGGAUUUUCGAGUACAACGCGCCGCAGGGGAACUCGGAGAUGGGAGCCAGACCGCUUCCCGGUGACUUUUUGAACCUGCAUCACCAUGUGACCAGGCAGGGUUUCUGCAUCGAGGGGUUCCCCGAACACGACUCGCGAUCCUGCUUCUGUCACCUGAAGAACGAGCUCACCCCCGAGUCGUGGGUGACCGACACGGGCCCGUCGCCGUAUGCCCAGCACAUCCUCCUCCACGGCGUGCCCCCCGACGGAAGACUGAACCAGCGCGAUGCUUUCGGCAACACGAUUCUCCACCUUCUCGCCGCCGGUGACGCCCGUCACGAACUCCUCUUCAGAGCCAUCGAGUCCUCGCCUAACCCGUCGGCGACCAACAGCGCCGGCCAGACUUUUCUGCACGUCCUCAACGAUACCUGGUUCGCGCACAAGGCUGUCUCUCUCUUCCAGCUCAUCAAAUACCUGCAGCGCUCCGAGUUCCUGUACGCUUGCGAUGUCUACGGCCGCAACUUCUGCCACGUCCUGCACUCCAAGGAGCACAGCAUCCUGGACCGAGACACGAAGAACGCCCUUCUUAAGCAGUUCGACGCCAUGGAGUACUGCCGUCGCGACGCCUUUGGCAACAUCCCCGAGUCCGCCCCGAUCGGACUGCCUGUUCGCCGGGCGUACACUGCUGCUGUCGGCCAGGAGAUGUCGCCAGCGCGGGGCUCUCGUACCUUGCGGCAGGUCUCGUCGCCGAUCGAAGAACAGGCCGAGCUGCUGAAGCUUGUCAACGAUGCGCACACACACGUGAGGAUCCAAGAUAAGCAGGGUCGGAACGGCCUCCACUGCCUGGCCGACGCCAUCCUCAGCCAGGACUCCCUCUUCACCAGAUUCCCACAGCACCUCCCCAACGCCAGCGGCAAGGAACAGCAACAACCGACUACGGCUGCGGCGACGGCGGCGGCUCCUGGUCGAAAGCGCAAGCACAACAAGCCCGCCCUUGGAGGAUCGCUGUUCGACUCGUCCAAGGACCGGCUCACGAUCCGCGAACGGAUCGUCAGGGACCUCAUCGAGCUCGGCGUGGACCCGAACCACUACGACAAGUACGGCAACACGGUGCUCAUGGCCUUUGUCGCGCAGCUGCCCGAGGACGACGACUACAAGAAGCCCGUCCAGAUCCUCGAAUUCCUCAUCGAGGCCGGCGCCGACGUCAACGCCCGCAACAGGAACGGCGAGACGGCGCUGCACAUCGCCGUCCGGAGGGGCAAGAAGCUAGCCAUGCGCACGCUGACCCAGCACGGGGCCAACGCGCACGCGCGCGACGUGGAGGGGCGGAGCGUGCUCCAGGUCGCUGACCGGAUGGUCGUGUCGUCCAAGCAGAACAUUCAGUACUCCCACUACGAAGCUUGUCAUGCCUGGCUAUCGGGACAGGUCAAGGCCGUGCAGUCUCCAACGGUACAUCAAGAAUGGGAACUGAGGUAGUUGUGAGGCAUUGGGUGCAGGGGUCCCUGUAUGUGCUUGUUGCUGGGGAAGUUGGGAGUUGGGAGUUGGGUUGGUUGGUACACACAAAAGUUGAUUCUGCUCUUCUUUCAGCUAUUUUGAUGUCAACGGACAGUGGCCUGUGGCGUUGGGCACCUUGACUACAAGAGGGAUUGUGAUACGAUAUACGGAUAUGAGCGAAGGAUAUACGAUGAUUACUUAUGGACGGAAGGGAACUUUGCGGAUACCCGAGCCGAGUGAGGACUGUACAGGCUGCGCAGGCUCAUUUGAAUUUAAUCAUCAAGCACA